UCCUCACUGCUCCCAACAUUUCUCUGAUUGCAUCAUUUUACACAUAGCGACGAGCUUUGAAGCUUUCCGAUUUCAAUUUCCGUUACUCGACGAUGCCUUCUUCGUUCUCCAAGCCGGUUUUGGAUCCUUCGUAUUCGCCUCCACCGGUAACUCCUUUACUUCAAGACAGCUCGGAGGCUGAGCGCCGGCUUCGCGAGGCGGAGGAGAGGCUACGCGAUGCCAUGGCGGAGCUUCAGCGUAGACAGCGCUCCGCCGCGCGUGGAUCUCAUGCGGAGCUUUGUGAUCACGCUGACGUUUCCUGUGUAGCCAAUGCAAUCGGGAAUUUAUGUCAGAGCUUUCUUCUCUCUUAUGGUGUUAGAGUUGGGAUCGGAAUCCUUCUUCGCGCUUUUAAGCUCGCUAGGGGACAGUCUUAUUCUUCGCUUCUUGAUCUGAAGCAACUUGUCUCAGAGAAAGAUUUGAUAGUGAGGGAAGAGGCAUGUCGUAUUGGUCUACUAUUUGGUGGCUUUACGGGCUCAUAUCAUGCCCUUAGAUGCUGUUUGAGGAAGUGGAGAAAGAAAGAGACGCCACUCAAUUCAGUCUUAGCAGGUUCAAUUGCGGGUUUGUCUGUCCUGGCUUUAGAUGAUUCCAACCAGCGGCGCACGCUUGCUCUAUACCUCUUGGCUAGAUUAGGCCAGGCGGCUUACAAUUCCGCAAAGUCAAAGAACAAGUUCCAUCUUUGGGGAAGCCAUUGGAGACAUGGAGAUUCAUUACUUUUUUCUCUUGCUUGUUCUCAGGUUAUGUAUGCCUUUAUAAUGCGUCCUGAAACCCUGCCAAAAUCAUAUAGAGAAUUUAUUCAGAAGACUGGUCCAGUUGCAAGGCCUGUCUAUCAGGCUGUAAGAGAAUGCUGCAGAGGUGGUCCAAUCGAUGUAGCCUCCUUAUCAGACUAUAUUUCUAGUAAAAACCCAGCUAGUGACGUGAAGGUGGAAGAGUUUGCUUCCAUCAUUCCUUGUUCAGCUAUUCAUCCAAACACUAACUCGUGUCUGGCCCAAAAUGCUAAUGCAAUGUCAGCUACAUUCAAGAAAACAUUUCCAUUAUACUUCUCCCUGACAUUUGUCCCAUAUGUCGUUCUACACCUGCAAAAGUUUGUGGCUUCCCCGUACCGGACAUCUUGGCUUGCAAUUAGGGAUUCAGUUAGAUCGACUUCCUUCUUGUCUGCUUUUGUUGGGAUUUUUCAGGCUUUCAUAUGUGCACAUAGAAAAGUUGCAACCAAGGACCACAAGCUCGUUUAUUGGUUUGCGGGUGGUGUAGCCGCCCUUUCGGUUAUGCUGGAGAAAAAACCUAGACGCUCUGAGCUUGCCCUAUACGUUCUUCCACGAGCAGGAGAUUCUCUGUGGGAGAUACUUAUAAACCGCCACCUUCUUCCCGAUAUUAAAAACGCUGAGGUGGCUUUAUUCUGUGGAUGUAUGGGAGGAAUCAUGUACUACCUAGAACAUGAACCGGAUACAAUGGCUCCAUUUCUGAGGGGACUCAUCCGUCGGUUUCUUGCUAGUCAAAUAAGCAAUCCUAGCAGCAAAUACCCUCAGAGUUCGUCGUAUACAUAUCUCCAGACUCUAGAUGCAUUGAAGAAACCGAAAACGCAGGAGAGCCGAGAAGGCGAAACUCCCAAAGCUGAAGAAAAGUAUAACUUGGAGGCAAUUCCUGGUCUUUAGAAGCAGAAGCUAUCUGGUACUGUAUUAGCAUCUGACGAUGAUAUUGAACAAACCAAAGACGGCCCUUUUCAGAUCAUGAUUUUGAUUGUUGUGUUUUCAGGAAGUUAAACCCUUACAGAUCAUGAUUUUGAUUGUGUUUCAGGAAGUUAAAUGUAAACUUUCCAGAAGAGAAGGGUUAGUCUCCACAGAGAAAUCUUAAGAGAUUGUAGUGAUUUAUAGGAUUUUAGGAGUCUUUUUAAGUGUCUAUUAUUUUCUUUCACGUAAUAACAACUAUCUCUUCUUUAUUUCAAUGAGAGAAGUUGCAGAAUGUAGAAGAUUUAUACUCCUUUUUGUUUGCUACAAAACAGUAUUGAAUACAAUUACAACACAAGUUUUCACUUGA